AUGUCAACACUUAUGCACAACAAUUCUGGCUUUGGGUGGGAUCCAAUUACAAAGACAUUCACUGCUAGUGAUGAACCUCACCUAAGUCACAAAGAUCUUCGAGAAAAAAGUAUGCUUGAUUAUGAGGAUUUGAAGAUUGUUGUUGGGGGUAAAACUGUUAGUGGGAACACUUCCAUGUCACUAGACCCUAAUGAUAUUGAUCCUACAACUUUUGAAGAAAAUGUUGAUUUUGGGAUAGAAAACUUUUCAUAUGAUCUUAACAAUGAUGUAUUCAUAACACCAGAUCACUAUGAACCACCUUACCAGCCUCCAUCACCUCACCCAAGUAUUUCACGACCUCAACCCCCUUUAAGCUUAGAGGAUCCUACUGAAAAACCAAUUAAUCAUAAGUGGAGUAGGCCUAAGUAUGGAGUGAGUUCUAACUUAGUUGGGAACAAUAAUCAAGCCAAAGUUCUAGAAAAUCUAUCUGUAGGCAUUGAGACUAUAGUCGCCAAUUUUGAAAAAAUGUCUAACUUGAUGGAGAAAAAAGAAAGAUACCAAGAGGCAAAAGGAAAUAUUUGGAGUGCCAUAAAAGAGAUCCCAAAUUUGGAUGAUUGA